UUUUCAUUUCUCAAAGCGUUGGAUCACACAACAGAACCAGCUCUUUCCUUCUUUUUUUCCCCUAAAAUUUUGAAAAAAAAAAUCAGUAAAGGCUUUAAAUAUCUCAAAGUAUAAACAAAUGAUUAUUAAUUUUUGAGUUUCAGGUGAUCUGAAAGAAAUUAUUCUGAAGAUGAGAGGCCCCUCUCUGAGUCCCAAAGAGCCCCGCCACCGCGCUGCUGCUUCCGCCGCUGAAGAAACAAGCAGAAGAGGGUUCCAAAGGAACAAGGUUUUCAGAAAUGUUGAGAAGGCUCUCCAUGUUCCUAUUCGGUACAGGAACUGGAAUUGCAAGAUAUCUACUUUGAAAGUUGUGCUGGUUAUAAUUUUGGUGGGAUCUCUCAUCACUCUCCUUCGCUCUCCUGCAGUUUACAUUUCAGAUCGUCCAUCCAAUCUUGUAUCUCGCAGGCCCGGUUUUGUAGACAGAUGGAUAAGAGACAGUGUUGCCGCAGAUCCACGUUAUAUAUCAAUGUUGGAUGUAAAUUGGGAUCAAAUCUUGAAUGUCAUUGAGAAACUGACUGACAGGGACGAAUAUCAGGGAAUUGGCUUAUUGAACUUCAAUAAUACUGAAACUGAUCAAUGGAAGCAGCUGUUACCAGAUGCUGAGCAUGUUGUUUUGCAAUUGGACUAUGUGGCAGACAAUGUUACUUGGGAAUCCCUGUUCCCUGAAUGGAUUGAUGAAGAAGAAGAAUUUGAGGUUCCUAAUUGUCCUUCACUACCUAGUCUUCAGUUUCCUGGAAAACCACGGAUUGAUCUUAUUGCUGUUAAGCUUCCUUGCAACAAGGCGGGGAAGUGGUCAAGAGAUGUCACACGUCUACACUUUCAGCUAGCCGCAGCAAGGCUUGCUGCAUCUGCUAAAGGGCUUCACCCAGUGCAUGUGCUUUUUGUGACUGACUGCUUCCCGCUUCCAAAUCUUUUUACAUGCAAGGACCUUGUUGCACGUGAAGGGAGUGCUUGGCUGUAUACACCCAACCUACAUAGGUUAAGAGAAAAGAUUCGACUGCCAGUCGGGUCAUGUGAACUUUCAGUUCCUCUCCAGGCUAAAGGGUCUUUCUAUUCAGAGAGAGCACACCGCGAAGCAUAUGCAACAAUCCUACACUCGGCUCAUGUAUAUGUUUGUGGGGCCAUUACUGCUGCUCAAAGUAUCCGCAUGUCAGGUUCAACCAGGGACCUUGUGAUACUUGUUGAUGACUCAAUCAGUGAUUAUCAUAGAGGUGGCUUGGAAGCUGCUGGGUGGAAAAUUUAUACAAUCCAAAGAAUCAGGAAUCCAAAAGCUGAACCAGAAGCUUAUAAUGAAUGGAAUUACAGCAAGUUCCGUCUUUGGCAGUUGACAGAUUAUGACAAGAUUAUUUUCAUCGAUGCUGACCUUCUUAUACUUAGGAAUAUUGAUUUCUUAUUCGAGAUGCCAGAAAUUUCUGCUAUAGGAAACAAUGCGACGCUCUUCAACUCGGGUGUGAUGGUUGUUGAGCCAUCGAAUUGUACAUUCCAGCUACUAAUGGAUCACAUCAAUGAGAUUGAAUCAUACAAUGGUGGUGAUCAGGGUUAUCUGAAUGAAAUAUUUACUUGGUGGCAUCGGAUUCCAAAACACAUGAACUUCUUGAAGCACUUCUGGGAAGGUGAUGAGGUGGAGAAGAAACAGAUGAAGACUCGCCUCUUUGGAGCCCAUCCACCAAUUCUUUAUGUCAUCCAUUAUCUGGGAAACAAACCAUGGCUAUGCUUCCGGGACUAUGAUUGCAACUGGAAUGUGGACAUUUUGCAGGAGUUUGCUAGUGAUGUUGCUCACAAAACAUGGUGGAAGGUACACGAUGCGAUGCCAGAAAAUUUACAGAAGUACUGUCUACUUCGGUCGAAACAGAAGGCACAGUUAGAGUGGGAUCGGAGGCAAGCUGAGAAAGGUAAUUACACAGAUGGCCAUUGGAAAAUUAAGAUAAAAGACAAGCGUUUAAAGACGUGUUUUGAAGAAUUCUGCUUCUGGGAAAGUAUGCUGUGGCAUUGGGGUGAAAAGAAUUGGACGGAUAAUUCAACUGCUAACCCAUCACCACCUGCUAUAAAGAAGGUAUCUCUCUCUUCAUUAUGAUUUUAUUUUUCCUUUCAUUUUCUCCUACAUAUUUUCUGUGCAGAUCUUAUAGUCAACGGUUUUUUUUAAAGAAAAAAUUAUAGAUUGAGUUCCUCCCAAUGGUUAUCUGGAUAUGUGUACACACCUUAGUUUUGAACCUCUUUGAACAUUCGUUAUUCAAUUUCUUUUGAAAAUGUUUAGCUAUUUCAUUAGUUUUCUGUGGAA